GGUGGACGCAAUUUUCUUCACUCUUCGAUAUUAGUGUGAUAUUCCGCGGUAUUCACGAGACAAAAAGCGCAAUAAUUACCAGCAACAAAGUGAAUUGAUCCACUGUAAGUUGUUGGUAAUUAUUGAUAUGCAAAUCAGUUGCAGUCGGAAUUUAUUAAGUGAAACUAUCCAAUCCAUACGAACAUUCAGCCAAUUCAGUGACUUCAGUGAGCGGAUUGUAGUGUAGAAAGCGAACUUGUCCUGGAGGAGAGGACGCAUGACAGUGUCUACUUGAGUUACAAAGGAUUAUCGCCAACACUCGAUGUGAAGAGUUUUCUACCGGUGGUUGUAGCCAGUAACGUGAGUCAGUGUAUUGGAGUUUAUUAACUGAAAAAAGGUGCUACAAGUAACAGCAGAGCCGUCUGUAUUCACAUCUGUAGCUAUAGUAGCAACACGAAACUAAACCUUGGCUUGUAGAUAGACGCGGGCAGCAAGAACCGCCAUUUCAGUGAUUGCCAGUCGACUUGAAAUCACAGCGCGUCACGAUGGGUUCCGGUGGCAGAAUGGACUGCUGCGGACAGUGUGUCAAGUAUAGCAUGUUCAUCUCCAAUUUUAUCAUUUUCAUUGGCGGUGCAAUCGUGUUUGGUCUCGGAGUUUACACCCUGGUGGACAAAAGCUUCAUCAACGAGCUGCUGGGAACGAAUCUCUUUUCCGGUGCGGUUUACGUGCUGAUAGCGACCUCGGCACUGGUUUGCCUGCUGUCCUUCUUCGGGUGCAUCGGUGCAGCCAAGGAGUAUAAGUGCAUGCUGCUGACGUACUUUAUUUUGAUUUUCCUGAUUUUCGUCACAAUGCUUAUCGGUGGCAUUUUGGGCUACGUGUUUCGCGAGAAGGUCUCACAAACGAUGCAGCAGGAGAUGAAAUCCUCGAUGAACUUCUAUGGCGCUUACGGCAAACGGUCGAUCACCCAAGCCUGGGACAUCACACAGGAGCGGCUCAAGUGCUGCGGCGUCAAGCACUACAACGACUGGCGCGGAUCCAUUCCACAGUCCUGCUGCCAGAAGACGAUUACCGAUUUCAAACCUUGCCAGGACCACCCGACACCGGAGAACAUCCACAUCCAGGGCUGUCUGGAUAUAACGUCUAGCUUGAUCCGGGAUAACGCGGCCGUCAUCGGUGCUUCCGGAAUCAUCGUGGCCAUUUUGCUGAUAUUUGGAAUGAUUUUUUCCUGCUCACUGUUCCGGAUGAUAGAGUAGCGCACCGGAGUUACACAGCUAACCGCAUCAGUCAUGUUUUAAUUUUAUUUUUUUUAUUUUAAGAAUUAAGAAAAGAAAAUCCGAUUUUCAAAUUCAUUGCCUAGCCUGUUCUAAUUACCUGAGAGCAAAGAAAGUACAAUGAUAGGCAAGCUUAAGUUAUGUUUGCGCAAUGAUUUAUGAAAAGAUUUUACCUUGUUAGUGGUACUAGUUUUAAGGCUCGCAAGAGACCGCUAUUAGCAGCAAAAUCUCACGCUCACGUUCGAACCAGUUGAGAUGUAAAUAUAAAACAGUGCUGGAUGCAUUUAAAAAAAUCAAACAUCACAACGAGCUUACAUUUCAUUUGAAAAUACAUGCCUUUAUCGUCACCAUGCUUUAAACUAGCUCGAUUUUAAGUUAUUUUCAUUGUUCAGUAGUAGCACAGUUUGGAGUACGAUUUAUUAAAAUCAAUCAUUCGAGAUCAUUCAAGUUUUCUGAAACUUUCAUGUAUGUGUCAUUGUAAACUAAAUAUAACUGGUAUGAUAUUUAAUAAAGAUUUUAAGACAAA